UAUAUCGAUAUGACCGAACUAUCGAUAUUGUAAUGUUAAUACACUUCUAUCGAUGGUUACGAUAGCACCAUCGAUUGUGCCACAGCUCUUAGUUCUUAGAAGAUAAAAUAAAAAAAUUAUUUAUAUUUAAAUUUCGACAAAACAGCACAUUAUUGAGCAAUUAUAAGCAAUUAAUUGCGUAUUGCAAGCAAAAUGAAAGUAAAAGAACUGCAGAAGACUGUGAACAUUGCCUGGUCGCCAGCGCAGCAGCAACAAAUUUAUUUGGCUGCCGGCACCGCAGCCCAGCAAUUUGAUUCGAAUGCAAGCUCGACUUUGGAGAUCUAUUCUCCAAAUAUUGGCGAUGCCAGCUAUGAUUUGGAACUGAAGGCAAGCGUGCCCAGCGAUUUCAAAUUUCAAAAGGUUAUCUGGAGUCCAGCUGGCAUUAAUGGGGGAACACACCCAAAUGGUUUGAUUGUAGGCGGCUGUGAAGCGGGGCAUAUUAAUGUUUAUUCGGCAGCCAAGCUGCUUGCCAAUGAGGAACCAUUGUUGGCACGCCAGGAUAAGCACACUGGUGCCGUCACUGGCUUAGACUUUAAUCCUUUCCUCAAUAACUUGCUGGCUUCAUGUGCCUCGGAGUCUGAGAUUUACAUUUGGGACCUGAACAACCCCGCGAGUCCACUCAAUCCUGGCGCAAAAACUCAGCCCUUGGAAGAUGUGAAGAAUGUGGCAUGGAAUCGUCAAGUGCAGCACAUAUUGGCAUCUGUGUUCAGCACACGUUGCGUGAUUUGGGAUCUGCGCAAGAGUCAGCAGAUCAUCAAGCUAUCAGACACUCAGUCGCGUGUGCGUUGGCAUGCCAUUGAAUGGCAUCCCGAGGUAGCCACCCAAGUCUGGCUGGCAUCCGAAGAUGAUCAAGCUCCAGUGGUCCAAUUGUGGGACUUACGUUAUGCCACAGCUCCGGCGAAAACCUAUCAGAUACACGAUCGCGGCGUAUUGGGCAUGUCGUGGUGUCAGCAGGACAAUGACUUAAUGGUGUCGUGUGGCAAGGACAAUCGCAUCUACUGCUGGAAUCCAAAUACUAAAAUACCAGAAGGAGAAAUCCUUUCGGAGGUGGCAACAACAGCUUCAUGGUAUUCCGAUGUGCAGUUCUGUCCACGCAAUCCUGCUUUGAUUGCCAGCGCCAGCUUGGAGGGAACUGUUUCCAUUUACUCACUCAACGGCGGCACUCAUCAUUUGGUGCAAACAUCCGAGAAGAUUGCCGACUCCUUCCCAGGCAUGGAUCAAUUUGCCCAAGCGCCACUGCCUCAGCAGGCCACCCAAGUGGUCUAUCACGAUUUAGCGCAUGCUCCCAAGUGGAUGAAGCGUCCAUGUGGCGUAGCUUUUGGUUUCGGUGGCAAACUGGUCAGUUUCAAUGGCACUUCAAAAACUGUGAAGGUAGAACAGUUGACAACCGAGCCAGGAGUUGUGGAACGUGCUAAUGCUUUGGAGCAGUCUUUGGCUGGUGCUAACUAUGCAGAGUAUUGCCGAGAACGGGCCGAUAAGUCGGCAGAUCAGCAUGGUCGCUACAUUUGGUAUUUCAUUAAGGCGAACUUUGAACUAAAUCCCAAAGAAGAAAUGCUCAAUCUCUUAGGCUAUAACAAAGAGGAUAUUGAUGGCAAGUUUACGAAAUUCAUCAAAGAACCCGAAAGCAACUCACAGUCUGACGUGGACACGCUGACGACACGCAUAUCAACGCUUACACAUAGCGACUCCUCGGAAGUUGAAUGCGAUCAAAGCACUAACUCUAGCACCGAUAAUUCGCAAACUGCCGAUAACAAUGGAACUGGCAUUAAUUCACAAGCCCUCAACGAUUAUCCAGCUGCUCCGCGACUGCAGUUUAAGAUUCCAAGUGGUGAUCACGUCGACAGUUUAAUAACUGAAGCAAUACUAACUGGCAACAUCGAAGCUGCUGUCGAACUGUGUCUGGAGGCUCAACGCAUUCCAGAGGCUCUCAUCAUUGCCUCCACAGCGGGCAUAGAGAUCUUAUCACGUACGCAGUCACGUUAUUUGUUGCAGCAGAAGAAUGAACUCUCCAAUGUCAUCUCGGCAUUGGUAUCACGCGACUGGCUUGACUUUGUUAACCACUGCACCGUGGAUUCGUGGAAGGAGGCCUUGGUUGCUGCUCUGAAGCACAGCGAGCGCAAAAUCGUCGACAUCUGUGAAAGACUCGGCGAUCGCCUAUUGAAUGAAUGCCCCAGCAGCGUUGAGUUCACACGCAAUGCCAUGUUGUGCUACAUUUGUGCGGGAAGCAUUGAUAAACUAGUGAGCGCCUGGUAUCAACUGAAGCAGCUGGAGCAGCAGAAUGAGAACUAUAAACUCAACACUCAGGAGUUACAGGAGCUGGCCGAGGUGGUGAUGCUGCUCACCAAGUCCCUAGAACAGCAAGGCAUUGCUGUUGAUUUCGCUGGACGCUUUGCGGGCUUCAUAUCCGAAUAUAGCGGACUGCUGGCCUCCCAAGGUGCACUCACUGCUGCCCUUCAGUACAUUACCACAUUGAGUAAGACCAAUUUGGAAAGUGAUGAUUUGAGUCAACUACGUGAGCGCAUUAGCAACGCCGUCAACGUGGAUCAGGUGCAGCCUGUUGCAGCCCAAGCUGCUGUCGCACCCUUGAACUAUAGGCGCCAUCAGGAGCCGCGUGGCUCCUUCUCGAAGCCCGCAAAUCCACUGAUUUUUGGACAACCGCAGAACCAAUACAAUGCGCCCGUAAACAAUGGCUGGCAACAGCCACAACCAGCAGCACCACCAGCUGUACCCUUGGCAGCAGCUCCCUUCCAGCCAGCUCAGCCACCUACACAAAUCUUUAAUCCUCCUCAGCUUAAAGCAGAACCACUUACGCAUCCACCGCGACCACACAGCAAUGCCAGCUCGACGGGUGGUCCUCCUGCCGCUGCAAGUGGCGGAUCAGGAUUGCAUUCACGUUCGAAAUACGUUUUGGAUCCAUCUGUGGCAGCGCCGACCAGUUCCUAUGGCAUGCCAUACAAUCCAGUUCCAGCUCCAGCGGCAGCGCCAUUUGGAGGCUCUCUAGCGCCCUUACCACAAGCUGCUCCUGUGCCGCAGACAUAUAAUACCAAUGCCUUCAAUACGAAUCCCAUAUCGUCGGCUCAACCAUUCAAUCCAACUCCAUUUAUGGGAGCGCCACAAAACAAUUAUUUGCCGGGUAUUGCACCCAUUGAAACUGCAGCUCCGCCGCCGCUUGUUCAGAAUGUACAGCGUAAUCCCACACCGCCACCCGGCUGGAACGAUCCCCCAGCUUUGAAAUCAUCUCGAGUGCCUAAGCCCAGGCCUGCUGCAGAGCCUUCAUCUGCUCCAAUUCUGCAUCCAUUAUAUGGAGUUGAUCCGAAUCAAAAUCAAAAUAACUAUAUGGAUCCCAAUCAAUAUCAGCAAAAUGCUCCACCAACAGGAAAUACUGCGUUUUACAAUCCGGCAGCAAAUAAUAAUCAACAAGCCUUUCCCCCACAACAGCAGUUGAACUUCCAAGCAUCGGCGGUGCCAAAUCAACAGCAGCAACAACAACCGCAGCAAUACUGGCCUGGCCAGCCUCAGCAGCAAUCGUUUGGAUACACCGAACAGCCAGCACCCAUCCAAGAGCAGCGUCAACCAGAGCCGCCCAAGGAGAAGCCUCCACUUCCCGAGGAGUACAUCUAUCUGCAAACGGUGCUCGAAGAGCUGAAAAAUCAAUGCUUAAGCGCGACUAACGAUCCGCGUACCAAACGAAAAUUCGUGGAUGUGGUGAAACGAUUGGAAAAUCUCUAUGAUUGCUUGCGCGAUGGAAGGCUGACGGCGACAACUGUGCAACAUCUGAAUCAAAUCGUACAAUACAUUCAAAUAGCCGACUACGCCAAUGCCCUUGAAGUGCACACGCGCAUUGCUUUUGGCACGGACUUUGCCCAAUGUGCUGGUUUCAUGCAAGGCCUCAAGGUCCUGCUGCAAUCCGCAUCCGAGUUGCAAUUGGUAUUGCGUUAGGUGUACUAUGCUAACUAUAUUUUCAUAUAUUCAGUUUUUAAGUGGUAACCAAACACAAGUGCUCAUGUGUUGCCACCCACUAAAAGUUUAUACAAAACAAAAAUAUAACCUGUCCCUAAAAAUCAAAA